CGUUCAGCUCGGCAAUCGUGGCCACGCUCGGCUCGGUGACGUGCCAUUGGGUGGAGAACCAGGAUGCCACGUCGGAUUGGGGCCCCUGCAGCCAAGGGUCCAGCAGCAGAUUGAAGCGCGACCGGCCGGCCGGCGGUGGCCGCUCGGCGCGGCGCGGGUAGGGGAGCUGGAUCAGCCACGUAGUGUCGGCGUUGAGAUGGACCAGGACGGGCCGCGGCGUCGCCAGCGCUGCUUUCCACGCUUUCCGACUUGAUAUCUUGAUCGGCUGCUUGCAUUCCUUGGGCAUUCUCCGCUCCGAGCUCAUUCUGCGCAAGUUCUAUGAUGUCUCGUGUGUGUUUGUUCGCCGGUUAUAUACUGUCUGUUGCGUUUGGGGUAUCUGUUGUUGAUUAGUCCCUCUCUUUUCGUUCACUCCGGAGUUCUGUUUCUCCUUUAAAAGUGAGGCCCCCCCGUCUUCUUUGUCCUCCAAUACGCUGUGGCUGUCGAUCCGCGCGGGGUUGCACAGCCACGGUGCUGGCCGAGGCGAUCGAUGGGUCAUUUCUGUCCAUGUCAUCAUCCACCACCGGGGCCGUUCCUUGUUGCACACUCUUUGGACCAAAGUGGCGGAACGGUUGCAGCCGCCGCGCCGGCGCAAGUUUGGUCACUUGGGCUGGCACGUGCCUAGUCGCAUAUCUCAAGGGAGAAAUUUUGACUGGUACUGGAUCUGGUUGCGGCACAUGCCUAUCUGUUAUUCCCGAGUCUUUGUACCACCUCGAUGCAAAUACGCUCUGGCAGUCGAGUGUGCUCGCACAGAGGGCCAUGGCAUGCGCUUUCCAAAUGCUUGACCAAGCGCUUAGAUCAAGGCGAGGACAUGCGAAACUCGAGCCCCUAGCAUUGGCUUGCUAGCCUAAAGAUCUUUUGUCGGGAGGGAGAUCGGCCAAGACAACAAGUCCAUAGGAGACCCAAUUUGGAGAAAACCUUGUUCUUUGUUGUUAACACGGCAUUUACCAGACAGUGCUCUAGAAUACUGGAACAAAGAGCAGUUCUUUGCCAGACAUGGAGACUCUGACAAUGAUGGGAUAUCUAUUGUGCGACCCUGUGGUGGCCGGACGGCAUAUAAGUUCACUUCGAAGACGGAUCGAUCAGCCGCCAUAAUCACAUUCACCCAGCAGCAGCAUCCUCGAGACAGGCAGCAGUCCUCGCCACGAGACAACACAGACCACGCCAGUGACAGCAGCUUGCACUCAGCACACCCAGCAACAGAGUUUACAGCUGCUGCUAUCCUAAAAUGGCCCCAGUGCGACCCAACGAGACCGGCAACGAAUCCUGGUCCGAGACCCCAAACCCGUCAUUGCUGUUCUCUCCUCGAGCCGGCCCCGGAGCCUGGUUCCGCAACUUCCUGAACCUGACCGUCACCAUCUCGCCGCUGCCCAACUACCUGCCCCGCGUGGCCCAUCGGCAGCGCGGCGACGACUACGGCGGGGACGGCUACGACGGGGACGACGAGAACGAAUGCUCUAGCGACGCCUACACCCUGUCGGGCGAGGCGGACAACGGCGCCCAGAACUUCCCCUGGGGCCGCCCCCCCUGGGUGGACACCCCCUCGCCGUGGACGCCCCGCUCGCCCUCGUCGUCGCCCAGGUGCCGGCGGAGCCUGGCCGACGAGCUAGACAACACCGACAGCGACGACGACGACGACGACGACGAUGACGACGGGGACUUUCAGGACGCGAUCGCCUCCACCGCGGCCUUGCCCUCCUCGGUCCGGCACAAGCUGCCGCCAAUGCUCUCCGGCCCCAGCCGGCGCCCCCAGUUCGUUUGCUGCCUGUCUCCCACCGCCUCCAUACACGCGCUUCUGGAGGGCGGCUCCGAGGACUCGGGCAUCGACGGCAGCGCCGAGGCGUCUGACGACGGCGGCAGCAGCCACACACUGUGGGUGACGCCGCGGCUCGCCGCCCUGCCCACGUCGUCCCGUAGCCGGCGCCUGGCGGGCGGCGACGGCCAGCGGAGGGUGUUGCAGCCGCCGCUGGUGGGGCUGGGUAUCCGCGUGGGCGCGGCGCCGAGGCCCGUCGCCGCGGGGCUCUUCACCAUGUCGAGGACCACGUCGAGGUUCCUGAGCUUCCUCUUGGGUUUCUUGCUCGCGUACUUUGUGGACAUGUACAUGAGAAUGUAAAGGCUGGAAAUAAGGUGCCAGACAGAGGAACACAGGAAGUCUCGUCUGAGUUGCCUGUUAAGCCACUUUGACAAUAAACUAUGUUGCGCAGACCACAUAUGUCACUACGUUGGAGAUGUUCGUGUAGCUAGGUGAUGGAUCUUGCCUCUGGCGCAAGAUCAGACCAGGUAGUUCUCUACAAACAACCAUCAAAAUAGACGUAUCUACCUAAUUAAACAAAGUAGAAGGAG